AUGUUCAAAGCCUCCGUGGUCAAAGAUGAACAAGGACGCCCAUUUAUCGUUGUUCGAGACCAGGGAAAGAAGAAGAGACAACACGGUACUGAGGCGGUCAAGUCUCACAUCGUUGCGGCAAAGACAGUUGCAAAUAUUGUGAAGACGUCGCUGGGCCCACGAGGAUUGGAUAAGAUCUUAAUUUCCCCAGAUGGAGAUAUCACUAUCACAAACGACGGCGCUACUAUCCUCUCGCAGAUGGAAAUAUCGAAUCAUGUUGCGAAAUUAUUAGUCGAGCUUUCAAGAUCCCAGGAUGAGGAAAUAGGCGACGGCACAACCGGCGUCGUCGUAUUAGCCGGCGCACUUCUGGAACAGGCAGCGGAUUUGAUUGAUAAGGGUAUUCACCCGAUCAGAAUUGCAGAUGGAUACGACCAAGCUUGCGAUAUUGCGGUGGCGCACCUCGAUAAAAUCUGUGACAAAGUUGAGUUCUCAAAAAACAAGCAGGAGAACUUGUUCAAGGUUGCAAAGACUUCCUUGGGUAGCAAGAUUGUAUCAAAAGCACACGACCAGUUUGCCAAGAUAGCAGUUGAUGCGGUUCUUUCUGUUGCGGAUUUAGAGCGCAAAGACGUUGACUUUGAAUUAAUUAAGGUCGAUGGAAAAGUCGGCGGUGCCCUCGAAGACUCCUUGCUCGUCAAGGGUGUCAUUAUUGACAAGGAUUUUUCCCACCCCCAGAUGCCUGAUGAAGUUAAGGAUGCCAAAAUUGCUAUCUUAACAUGUGCCUUUGAACCACCAAAGCCCAAGACCAAGCACAAACUCGACAUCACCAGUGUUGAAGAGUUCAAGAAACUCCAGACUUACGAGAAGGAUAAAUUCACAGAAAUGAUAAAACAACUCAAGGACACUGGUGCAAAUCUUGUCAUUUGCCAAUGGGGUUUUGAUGACGAGGCUAACCAUCUCCUUUUGCAAAACGACCUACCCGCAGUUCGAUGGGUUGGUGGUCCAGAAAUUGAACUCAUUGCCAUCGCCACUAACGGCAGGAUUGUUCCUCGAUUUGAAGACCUCAAGGCUGAGAAACUUGGAACAGCUGGUAUUGUGAGAGAAAUGACCUUUGGAACAACGAGAGAAAAGAUGCUGGUGAUUGAGGAGUGCGCCAACAGCAGAGCUGUCACUGUGUUUGUCCGAGGAAGCAACAAGAUGAUUAUUGACGAGGCCAAGCGAUCGCUACACGAUGCUCUUUGCGUGGUACGAAACUUGGUUCGAGAUAACCGCAUUGUCUAUGGUGGAGGAGCAGCAGAGAUUGCCUGCUCCAUUGCGGUAGAGGAAGCUGCCUCAAAGACCCCUGGCCUCGAGCAAUAUGCCAUGCGAGCCUUCGCAGAUGCCUUAGACGCGAUCCCACUUGCCUUGGCCGAAAACUCCGGAUGGAGCCCAAUUGAAACCCUCGCUUCUAUCAAGUCCAAGCAGGUUAAGGAAAACAACAGCAGACUAGGUGUGGACUGCAUGCAGACUGGAAGCAACGAUAUGAGAGACCACUUCGUCAUUGAUCCUUUAAUUGGCAAACGUGAACAGCUACUUCUCGCCACCCAGCUUUGCCGACUUGUCCUGAAGGUGAACAAUGUGAUUAUUGCUGGGGAAGAUAACGACGAAUUCUAA